AUGCCCUACACAAAUACCCCUGUAAAAGGACAACAUCCCGACCCUAGUUACCUUCCACGCAACGGUUUUAAGGAUGGUUCUCUAUCGGGAUCCAAGUCAUCGCCUGACCCUAAUGGCCUUCCACGCAUCCCUUUGCCGGGGACAUUAAGGUCGGGAUUUUCAGGGAGUAGUAGCAUGGGUGCCAUUAAUCCCCAAAUAGGCUUGACUGAUGCUAUAGCAGUUACAUGGGUGGUACAUAAUGUUGGGAAUGGUAUUGCAUAUGGUUAUGGGAUAACAGGCCACAAUAAAGAGCCUGCUAGUGAUUUUUUCUAUAAUGGGUUAGAAUGA